UUUUCAUCCGCCCGGCAAUUUUUUGCGAAUUUGAUAGAGAAAAUCCAUAGAAACAUUAAUGCGGGGCAUCAAGAGGCAUUUUUGAAGUAAGAUAUUUACGAUAUUUUUCUCGCUUUUCCCUUAAAAUGGAUAAAAAAAUCCAUCAUUCGAAGCAAAGCUUAGACCUUGAAGCCGUGCGACGCCAUUGAUAACCUGAACGCUCCGACAAACGAGCGUCGCACGUUGUUGCGGGACACAGGGAAGUUCCGUUUGGCGAACUCGGCAGCGGUACUGUCCCUCCCCCAUUCGUUCUCAUGACUGGGUCGUCGACUGGGAGCACGGAGGAGAUGAGAGUCAGUACAACCAUGGCUUGAGAUCGAUGGUGAACGAAGCAAGCAGAGUUUGAGCAGUCUUUACUGGUUUCCAGGUUUGACUGUUUGUCCAAACAUAGGCGACACCAUGCAAGUCACCUCUCUGUCGUUGCCUCCCUUGCGGUUUCAAGUUGUUCAAUCAAAGAUCAAGGAUAAAAGUCGGAAACACAAGAGCGAUCACUCUUCCAGUUAUGGAGUAUCAAGAAAAUCACCUAAAGGAACCCUCCCAGUUAAACGCGGUCGAAAUACUAUAAAACCGUUUUCUGAGGAGGAUGUAUUCCCUUCUUCGUUACCGCUGCACACAAGAAACCCCCAUGCGAUUUACAAAGACAUCCAAAGAUUUGCAAGACAAAACAAGCUCAAAGAAGCGCUCACCAUCUUGGAUUACAUGGACCAACAAGGCAUUCCCAUCAAUGUCACCACUUUCUCUUCCCUUAUUGCUACUUGUGUUCGAUCAAAAUCUUUAGCUGAAGGAAAGCAGAUUCAUGCCCAUAUUAGAAUAAAUGGGCUUGACAGCAAUGAAUUCUUGAGAACAAAACUUGUGAACAUGUACACAUCUUGUGGUUCUAUUGAAGAUGCAAAAAUGAUUUUUGACACGUGCUCCAGCAAGACUGUUUAUCCAUACAAUGCGUUGAUCAGAGGUGCUGUUAUUUCUGGAAGGCGGCGGUAUCUUGAUGUCAUCUCUACUUUCUCGGAGAUGCGGGAAAUAGGUGUCGAGUGCAAUGAAUAUACUUUUUCAUCCAUGAUAAAAAGUUUUGCUGGUGCAUCAGCUCUUAGACAGGGUUUGAGAACUCAUGCUCUUCUAAUAAAGAAUGGUUUUAUAGAUAGUAGCCUUUUGAGGACAAGUUUGAUUGAUAUGUACUUUAAAUGUGGCAAAGUUAAGUUGGCUCGCCAAGUAUUUGAAGAGAUUGAUGAGAGAGAUGUUGUUGUAUGGGGGGCAAUGAUUGCAGGUUUUGCACAUAACAGAUUGCAAAUGGAAGCCAUAGAGUAUACGAAAAUCAUGAUUCGUGAAGGGAUUACUCCAAAUUCAGUUAUAUUGACAACAAUUCUGCCUGUGAUUGGGGUGUUACAAGCAAGACUAUUGGGCCAGGAGGUUCAUGCCUAUGUGCUGAAGACAAGGAGUUAUUCGAAGCAACUGUUCAUACAAUCUGGAUUGAUUGAUAUGUAUUGCAAGUGUGGUGACAUGGGAUCUGGAAGACAGGUUUUUUAUGGUUCACCAGAGAGAAAUGCUGUUUCUUGGACAGCUCUAAUGUCAGGAUAUAUCUCAAACGGGAGGCUCGAGCAGGCCUUGAGAUCAAUUGUGUGGAUGCAGCAAGAAGGUUGCAGGCCUGAUAUUGUCACAAUUGCCACUGUUUUGCCAGUUUGUGCCCAGUUAAAGAACUUAAAACAUGGAAAGGAGAUUCAUGCUUAUGCUGCGAAGAAUGGAUUUGUCAACAAUGUGUCUGUGACUACUUCCUUGAUUGUGAUGUACUCAAAAUGCGGAAUCUUGAAUUAUUCAUUCAAGUUAUUUGAAGGCAUGCCACAGAGAAAUGUGAUCUCCUGGACAGCAAUGAUUGACUCAUGUGCAGAGAGUGGGUUUCUCUAUGAGGCUUUGGAUGUGUUUAGAGCUAUGCAGUUGUCGAAGCAUAGGCCAGACUCCGUUGCAUUGGCAAGGGUGUUGAAUGUUUGUGCCCAACUUAGAGAUUUGAAACUCGGGAAGGAGGUCCAUGGACAGGUUUUGAAGAAAAAAUUUGAGAUGAUCCCUUUCAUUUCUUCAGAAAUAAUGAAAAUGUACGGAAGUUGCCAAUCAGUUCUUACUGCAAAGUCCAUAUUUAGUUCAAUCCCUGUCAAGGGUUCAAUGACUUGGACUGCCAUCAUUGAGGCAUAUGGAAUUAAUCACAUGUAUCGAGAUGCAAUUAAUCUUUUUGACCAGAUGAUAUCUGAGGGUUUCACUCCAAAUGAGUUCACUUUCUGGGCAGUACUACAUAUAUGCAACCAAGCUGGAUUUGCAGAUGAUGCUUACCGAAUCUUUAACCAAAUGUCUGUGGACCAUAAAAUGAGGGCAUCUGGAGAAUCUUACUCUUUAGUAAUUGGACUUCUUGAACGUGAGGGUCGUUUAGAGGAAUCUCAGAAGCUUAAAUGGAUGAGCACUUCAUUGUCAUGAUAUGAAGCUAAUUAACAUAAGCUAUAUAGAGAAGAAGUAGAAGGAACAAUGCAUGUCCUGUUGUUUCUCUCUAUGAAUUUUUCAAUUGGCUACCAACAAUUUAUUGUUGUAAAUUUGUAUACCCUUUGUAUGGUUUUAUUGCGAUGCAGUGCAAAGAUUGUAUACUACAUGGCACUUGCCGUGCAAAUAUUUGAAAGUUAUUUUGUACAGGCAGAUGUUCUGGCAGCUGCUUUGUCAAACUACAUCAUGAUGGUUAUAGAGGAAAUAUAUUAGAAUAUAUUGAAAAUCCUGAAAGUCAUUGUCUAUUCGACUUACUUGUGCAUGGCCUGAUUAUGUAAGAAUGGAAAGAUUGAUAGUGUACGUCAUGAAAACUAGAUAUUGCUUUAAUUUCAUUUUCCUGUGGAUACUAGCAAUCCUUUCUGUUUUCAUUUUCUUUUUCCUUCUUUAUGAUGAUGGUAUUGCAGCAGUAUACUUAGUAUCAUGGGAUUUAUCAUGGAUUUAAUUCCUUCUGCUUCCUAAUUCUGAGGAUAAAAAGAACAGUACUGACAUCUCCUUUUCUUUAUAACCACUGAGUAUUAGGACUUGAUUUAACAAUUUAAACUGUCGGAGUGCAUGGUUCUGGUCCCUUCUUUUUGGUUUUCUGCUGUCAUUAUCCUCAUAUUCUUAUUUAGUGAAUUCCAGUUUGAUUGCUUUUUUGUCAAUGAUCAAGGGAUCACUUGCUUUGGAGUAGGCUUUGCCUAGCUCAACAGGUAGCAGUGGUGGAGAAGACAACUUUUGUGCAGUUGUCCAGAAGAAGCUAAAUCAAUAAGGGAGGCAGGUGUGUCGAAAAUGCUGAGACACAUAAAAGGAGCAGUUAGUCAUGAUUAAAAAGUUUGAUGUAGUGCAGCCAGCACUUUUCUAUUAGAAGAUGUUGUGAAUUAGUUUAAUCUAUGUAGGUCAAUGGAAGAUCUUCUUCGCAUUUUACUCAGUUGACAGUGGGACUAAGUCAAUAGAAUAUGUAGUUGCAGUAUCCUCAUUAAGAAUCUAACAGACAAUUGACGUCAAUGCUUUUAUUGAAUUGCUUUAUUCCUUUGUCUGCUCUCAGGUAUGUCUACUAAAGAAGCUUAUAUGCUGGGCAAGGAUGAAUUGCCUCCAUACAGUUCAAGGAUGUUGCUGACAGUUCAAGCAUACCAAAAAGCAAAUUUCAAGUUUAGCUAAUGUGAUCUUCAGUUCGUCUACCUAUUAUUAUUGAAAGAUUGAUCUUACUAAUAUAUUUCAUGUCAUGCCCAUUCAUACUUGAAUGACAAAUGGUUUUGAUAGUUGAAUACUUUACACAUGUUAGCAUCUUUCUGAAAGGUGUCAUGACAGGUUAAAGAGGUAAUGAUCUUACUAAAUGCGAGUAGCAUAUUUAUCUAUCUUUUUCCUACCAAAAGCGAGGGACCGAAUAUUCAUGUUAAAAUUCAUCAAAUUGUGUCAGGUCUCUGGUAUGUAUCUAUGUUUCAGCUUUUAUCUAUUUGAAGAUGUUGUAGAGUCAGUGUACGAGUGAUAGGGCUGAACCAAUUUACCAAACGAGCUUUUGAUUGCAAAACAAGGACAAUGUUUUGUCCUACCUUGUUUUUGAAACGAGGUCAUCUUUGUUGUGGCUACACAGACUUUUGUGAACCCAUAUUCUCAACUGGCACAAUUGUAUAUGAAUUUCAUGCAAUGGUGUAAAGUGCUCUCUGAAUGAAAUGAAGUUAAUCCCAAUUUAUUUGCCACAAAGGUAGGUGGAAUCACUAUAAGUACAUGGAUUUGGAGGACUUAGGCCAUUAGAAUUGAGAUCUGAGAAGGUCCUGUCAGUUGACUGUCUUCUUCUAUUGUCAUGACUGUCUUCUUCUACCGUCAUGAUAGUUUGUGACCGUGUUUAUUGUCGGGAUUAACUGUGCAUCCUCUAAGGUGCAUCUCCAGUGGUUCUCAUUCUCAAUUUUUCUCGAGAUUUUCUUUUCCAAAGAAAGCAAUCUAAUCUUGAUUUGCUACAAUCAGGAUAUUGACAACGAGCGGGACUCGAUGGUGCAAGGGUACAGAGAAUUUCAUGCUCUUGGGUGCAUUUAAAAUGCUAGUUUUAAUAGGAUGUCAGACUUGCAUCAUGAUUGCAAGUGUUCAAUUCCAGUCUUAGCAGGCACCAUUGUUUCUGAUUGUGACCUGCAAGAUCAGACCACUUUAUGUUGUCCUUAGUUCUUCAACUUGUUGCUGUCUUUUUGUUAGCCCAAAAGUUUUCUUUUUCUUUUGAGAAGUGGGGAAAGCCACAUCUUGCUGGCUUUCCCUACUGUUCUGAUGGUAUGGGCAACAAAAAGGUUGAGAAAUGUGUGCCAAAAUUUUUAAUCGAUGAAGUCACAGUUUCUGGGUGGAGUAUCUGCCCUUGCUCUUGGACUGCUGACAAACUUGGCCUUCGUAAGUAGUAAUCUUUAAUGCUGAAGUGCAUCAUUCUUACAAUUACUAUUCUUUUUCUCUUUUGGUGUGAUUACUAUUGCUACUUCACAUGCUGUCAUGUUUCAUCUUUCCAGGCAAUUUAAAGGGAUUCUUCCUAUGCAAGCAAGGUGAAGAAAGUUUAGUUGGAGGUGCUAUCUUUGUGUUGGGUAAUGUAAAUACUGCUGCAAAAGCAAACAAAAGCUUUCUUCUUUGAUCUGAUGAAAGUAGAAACUGUCAUUGGCCUC